UCCCCCCACCCCUCAAGCUAGGCUGAGCUGUGCCUACGUCGGCCUCGACUCCCGGGGGCUGGAGGAGUUACCUUUGGAGCUCGAAAGGAGGAAGGAAGCAAAAUAUCAACAACAGCCGAGGCGGCUCGGGCGCUCGGCCCCAGUCCCUCGCCUGCCGGCCGCCCGCCUGCCCGCCCUCGCGCCCACGACGGGGGCCCAGGCCCCCCGGCGCAGCCCAGGGCCCGCGCGGACGCCGGCCUCAUUUAUUAUUCCCCCCGCCCGGAGCUGCGGCUUCCAGGUGCUGAAGAGCCCCAGGACUAGGGGCGAGGGCUACCCCCUCCCAGCCGUGACAUCCCCCUUCCCCCAGCGGGGCCGGAGGCUGCGCAGAAGGUGUCCUGCAGACCAUGAACUGAGACCGCUGGUCCGAGACCGUUCAUGAGCACAGUGUAAGGCGUGCCGAGACCCAUCACCCAGCGAUCCCCUCCCCUCCCUGGCACUGAGGAUCCUAGAGAAGAUGGGGAGGAAAAAGAUUCAGAUCCAGCGAAUCACUGAUGAGCGGAACCGACAGGUGACAUUCACCAAGAGGAAGUUCGGGCUGAUGAAGAAGGCGUAUGAACUGAGCGUGCUCUGCGACUGCGAGAUCGCGCUCAUCAUCUUCAACCACUCCAACAAGCUGUUCCAGUACGCCAGCACGGACAUGGACAAGGUGCUGCUCAAGUACACGGAGUACAACGAGCCGCACGAGAGCCGAACCAACGCCGACAUCAUCGAGACCCUGAGGAAGAAGGGCUUCAACGGCUGCGACAGCCCGGAGCCCGACGGGGAGGACUCACUGGAACAGAGCCCCCUGCUGGAGGACAAGUACCGGCGCGCCAGUGAGGAGCUUGACGGGCUCUUCCGGCGCUACGGGGUGAGCCCCACUCACUCUCUGUCUGUUGGCCCCCCCUUCCGGCCCCUUCCCUCCCAGGCGCUGCACAAGAAGCACAGGGAAUGUGAGAGCCCUGAGGUGGACGAGGUGUUUGCCCUGACCCCCCAGACGGAGGAGAAAUAUAAAAAGAUAGACGAGGAGUUUGAUAAAAUGAUGCAGAGUUAUAGACUGGCCUCAGCUGUCCCGGCCCCCAACUUUGCCAUGCCCGUCACGGUGCCCGUGUCCAAUCAGAGCUCACUGCAGUUCAGCAAUCCCAGCGGCUCCCUGGUCACUCCUUCCCUGGUGACAUCAUCCCUCACGGACCCACGGCUCCUGUCCCCCCAGCAGCCAGCACUACAGAGGAACAGUGUGUCUCCUGGCCUGCCCCAGCGGCCAGCCAGUGCAGGGGCCAUGCUGGGGGGAGACCUCAACAGUGCUAACGGAGCCUGCCCCAGCCCUGUAGGGAAUGGCUACGUCAGUGCUCGGGCUUCCCCUGGCCUCCUCCCUGUGGCCAAUGGCAACAGCCUAAACAAGGUCAUCCCUGCCAAGUCUCCGCCCCCACCCACCCACAGCGCCCAGCUUGGAGCCCCCAGCCGCAAGCCCGACCUGAGGGUCAUCACUUCCCAGGGAGGAAAGGGGUUAAUGCAUCACUUGACUGAGGACCAUUUAGAUCUGAACAAUGCCCAACGCCUUGGGGUCUCCCAGUCUACCCACUCGCUCACCACCCCAGUGGUUUCCGUGGCAACACCGAGUUUACUCAGCCAGGGCCUCCCCUUCUCUUCCAUGCCCACUGCCUACAACACAGAUUACCAGUUGACCAGUGCGGAGCUCUCCUCCUUACCAACCUUCAGUUCGCCUGGGGGGCUGUCUCUAGGCAACGUCACCGCCUGGCAACAGCCGCAACAGCCCCAACAGCCACCACAGCCGCAGCCUCCACAGCCCCAGCCGCAGCCGCAGCCCCAGCCGCCCCAGCAGCCGCAACAGCCACCUCAGCAGCAGCCCCACCUGGUCCCCGUGUCUCUCAGCAGCCUCAUCCCGGGCAGCCCCCUGCCCCAUGUGGGUGCUGCCCUCACGGUCACCACCCACCCCCACAUCAGCAUCAAGUCAGAACCAGUGUCCCCCAGCCGUGAGCGCAGCCCUGCGCCUCCCCCUCCAGCUGUGUUUCCGGCUACCCGCCCUGAGCCUGGCGACGGUCUCAGCAGCCCGGCGGGGGGCUCCUAUGAGACGGGGGACCGGGAUGAUGGACGGGGGGACUUCGGGCCCACACUGGGCCUGCUGCGCCCAGCCCCAGAGCCUGAGGCUGAGGGCUCAGCUGUGAAGAGGAUGCGGCUCGAUACCUGGACAUUAAAGUGACGAUUCCCACUCCCCUCCUCUCAGCCUCCCUGAUGAAGAGUUGACAAUCUCACCGCCCACCCCUCCCUGUCCUGGGCUCCUCCCGCUCGACCCCUACUUCCUUUCUUGUGCUCCGUGUCCUGUUGACGGUUACAUUUGUGUAUAAUUAUUAUUAUAUUAUUAUUAUUAUUAUAUUUUUUUUAAUUUGGAUUCUUGCUUUGGAGAGGGGGAUACUCCCACCCCCUCUUUCUGCACCCCCCGCCAUUUUCACUGGCCGGGGGGGCCUCUUUUUUGCGGGAAGGGGGGACACUUUGCACGUUGUACACAUAUGCUGCAGGAGGGGGUGGGGGGCCCGAUAGGCCUUGGGAAAGGACAGGUGCCGAGCCCUGCAUGCGGAGCCCUCCCACCCCAUCCCCCAGAUAGAGGGAAAUAACCAAAAAAACCUACCAAACAACAAAAACCCCUUACAAUAGACUGAAACCCCAAAGUCGGCUUGAUGAGUGGGUUUGUGUUUCAGGGGAAAGUGAGGCAGACGUUCUGAAAAGGGUCUCUGCUUCUGGGCCAUUCUGUGGCCAUGGGCACAUGGGGCAGAAAUGCCCAAGCCUGGGCCCCAAAUGCCCCUGCACAUACGCAGCACACUCUCACUGAUCCUUGUGUGAGCUCCGCCUCCGAGGUGUGGGGGUGCCGGCUGGCCAAGGUUUGGGGCUGGGAAGGCUGCCUGGGAAUCCGAGGCUGGUGGGGAGGGAUCUGAGGCGGGGGCCCCUAUGAAGCACAUUUGGAAAGACAGAGAGCCAUGAGGAGAGGGCUGAGGAGGGGCAGAAGGGCUGGGCAAGGGGCGAAUGGGGCCCCCCUCCCUUCCCCAGCAUUUUCUCUAAGAUAUACAGUGCAAUAGCUCCCCAGCCCUCAGCUGACGCCAGCCCUGUGAAGCUGGCCACAGAGUGCAGGAAGGACUGGGGAGGUGGUGGGGGACGUGAGAUGGCUCAGCAGGAGACGGCCCCGGCACCCUGGGGUGCCUGAGGCCUGGAACCCUUGCAUCCAGGGACAAGUGUGAGUGAGGGGACUUGCUCUUCCUUGCACGUACACAUCCCCAGAGGGGUGGACUGGGUUGGUGUGUGAGGGCGGGCAGGAGAGGGGAUGGAGGAGGAGGCCCGCAGGAGGCCUGCCUCCCUUUCCUCCAAGGCCCCUCUCCCCAGCCCUCCUCCCAGCUCCUUCCGCUCCUGACCCCACCUCCCUGCUCUUGGCGCCCUCAUUGUCUCGCUACCUCCUGUCCCACCACCCCCAGGCCGCAUCCCGCCUUCCCUCUUGGCUACUGUAAUUGUAAAUAGCAACCUUUGGAAAACGUUAGCCGUGUAACAGUCCAAGAAACUGUUUUUUUUGUUGUUGUUGUUGUAUUGAUAUGAAAUGAGAUUCUAUUUUUGUCAAAGUAUAUUGUAAUAAUAAUGAUUCAAACGGCCCGUACUGUACAGACGAGAUUCUUCUGCUGUUGUUCUUGCUCCCCUCCUUGCCCCAAGUCUGCCCCCUCUGCUGCCUCCCCAUGGGGGCAGCCUAGGCCUGGAGUCCCGAGACCUCAGGCUGCAUCACAGAUCAAACCGGAGGGGGCAGGCCCCCAGCCUGAGAUCCACUACCACCCCCUGCCCUAUGGGGCCUGGCCUGGGUGACAGGGGCAGGCUGACUGGGGCCUGCCCUGCUCCCUCACGGAAGCCCAGCUCCUCUGCCCAAGGGGUGCAGGCAGGGCUCCCCUGGGGUUUCAUGCCGGUGGGAAAAUAGAGUUAGACAAGGCCUGGUUUUGUGGUAGGUGACUCUGCCCACCUCUGUGAUCCAGCCGCUUGCAGUAUUCCGACACUUGAUGCAGGGAAGGAAACCAGAGGGGUGCGUGUGACUGCACAGGUGCCCAAGUGUGUUUACAAGGGCAUCUGGUAUUUAUGCGUCUGACUGUACCUUUCUAUUUAUGUGUGUGUGUGGUUGCAUGCGUGUACCUUUGUGUCUCUGAGCCCACCUGGGCACGUAUGUGAAUCUCUGCGUGAACUAAGCUCUGCGGGCUUUGUGUGUGAGUGUGUGUGUGUGUGUGUGCGUGCGUGCGUGCGUGCGCCUGGGUGUGUGUUUACAGAAGGACAGGUGGCUCUUGCAGCUACACAUCCCUGGCUUCUAACUCUAUGACCUUCCUUCCUGGGCCCCACUUCUUUUUCCUUGCUCGUCACCUGUUCUCAACCUCCACUCUAAUUUGUUUAUACCGCAGUUUUGGGGGUCAGGCGGUUGGGCCUCUUUGCUUCUCUCAGUAGCCCUGUUUCUGCCACAGCUCCAUGCACAGUUGUCCAGCCAGUCCCCCACAUGUUUAUACACAACUCCCUUUCCUGGAGAACCUUCUUCCCCCGACCCCAGUCCUGCUUCUUCAGGGUGACACCCAAGUUCCUCUUUCUCCCAAAGCUUUUUCCUCCCCUGGGCAGUGACCCUUCCUUACAGCUUACCCGUCACCUGCUGAUUGGGCACACAGCAUGCCCAGUCUUCCCAAAGCUUCCUAGAGGGAUUGUCAAGAAUGGAUGAGACUUGAAAGAAGGGCCUUGAAAGCAGCCAGGGUGUAGUGGUGUGCAUUCAUGCAUGCAUCCCAGAGCCUUGCCCAGUGCCUGGCACACAGCUGGCCUCAGUAAAUGCUGAGCAGGUGAAAGGUGAAUGACAGGUGCUCAAUAAACGUUGAACGACUGGCCUUCCCUUCUCAGGCUGUUCCUGCCGUCAGUCCGCCCACCUUUCUAGGCUGGGCUUGGCCAUCAUUAAACAUGGGGUGGGGGUGAGGGCCCCUGCAGUUCACGGUGCAAUAUUCACCAGUUUUGCCCUCUGCCUUGUGAUGGCAAACCUGGCUUUUGAUUACCAUGUGUGGGUGUGUGUGUGUGUCCUUUUCUCUCUAUCCCUGGGGCAGGGGAUGGUCUGUGAAUGAAUACGUGACAUUUCUGCAAUUCAGUAUCCCAAGGUUGCUCUUGGGGCUAGGGGCUCCUGGCCGGCCAGAUGAAUGGGUCCCUGGGAACCCAGACCUCAAGUGGGGACUUCAGUUCUUCUUCCUCUCACAAGCCAAAUUUGCCUCCACCCACUCCUUCCUCUGAAGAACUGGGCAUUUGCCAAAGUAAUCACUGGAGUCAUCCGAAUGCCCCUCUCCUCCCCAGGUUUCCCACAGCUUCAGGGACAGUGGGCAAGAGGACCCCCCCCACACACACACAUACCACAUCCCAGCGGAACACACCAUUUCCCCUCCCCUCAGCAGUGCACUCAGUACAGCGAGACUGACCCCUGACCCUUCCCCAGCACCCCCCACCUUGGACAGGAAGGAAGUAAUGCACCUUCUCUUGCUGAUUAUUUAUUUGUUUGGAGAAACAGAAAUGAUGUAAAAGUGUAUUUAGAAAUAUCUCUAUAUAUUUUUAACUGACUCUUUGGAAUCCCCUGGGGUGGGGUGGGGGGUGGAUUUAGGCUUUCAUGAAGGGGAGGAGACAAGGAGCCUGGGAACGCCUCAUCUCCCCUCUUGCCACCUCUCUCCACCCCCUAAGGAGUGGGUCGGAGGAAUGGGAUUUGUAAGGGGGGAGGGGGGUUGGAAUGUUCUAUGGAGAAUCUGGAUUCUCUCUGUCUUCCCCAUUCAAGUCCCAGAGGGAGGGGAAGGGGAAGGAGGGGGGGUGGACAGGCCAUGGAGGUGCCCCACCCCCAAACCCGACAAUCACCCACACUCCUGGGGCUCCUCCUGGGUCCUGGGCAGGGCGAGUCCAAGUGUGUGGCUGUUGAUUUGUUUUCAAUAUUUCUUUUCGUGCUGUAUGGUGAUGCUUUCUUAGUAUUCUACACAAUAAGGAAAGACAAAGUCCUCGAGAUUCUUAUGAGUUUUGUUUGAAAACUCUUUCACUAUAUUUGUUGUAAAGAGGUUUACUAUUAAAAGAAAAAAGAAUACACGUUUCUGAUA